AUGUCUCAGUCCCAGCUCCCCGUCCUCAUCGCGGGCGCGGGUCUGGCGUCACUCCUCUUUGCCCGCUCCCUUCUCCGCGCCAACAUCCCAUUCCAAGUCUUCGAGCGCGACGCCUCCCUCUCAUUCCGUGGCCAGGGAUACCGCCUGCGCCUUUCGACCGAGGGCCUCGACGCCAUCGAGUCAGUGCUCGACAAGCCCUCUUUCCAGCGUUUCUACGACCACUGCGGCAAGACCGGCGGCGGGGGUUUCACCCACUUGGACGCCCGAACCGGCGAGCCGCUCGACCAGCAGGGCAGUAGCGGUGGCGGCGGUGGCGGUUCUGGGCCCGGAAACCUCGGCUCCCGCGACGGAAAGGUCGUGGGCAUCGCGCGUGGGGAUAUGCGCCGUCUCUUCAUGGAGGGAUGUGAACCGUACGUGCACUUCAACAGGCACGUGGUGGGGUAUGAGCUCGUUGAGGGACGCGACGAUGCCGUCCGCGCGCUCUUCGCCGACGGGACAAAAUCCGAGGACGGCUCCCUGCUCGUGGGCGGUGAGGGGAUCAAAUCCGCGGUGGCCAAACAGGUUAGUGGCGGUCUCUUGAAAGUGUAUGAUCUUGGAGCGCGCGGGAUUCACGGCCAAGCGCCCACCACGGCAUUCCGAUCUCUAGGCGAGGGUGUGUUUCGCGUGGUGGACGACACGAACACCCGCGGCCGCGUGUCGAUCAUCACGAACGUGCGGCCCAAUGAGAUGGACGAUCCGAGCGUCGAGUUCGGGUGGACGAUGGUCGGUGUGCCUGGCGCGAUAAGGGCGCCUAACGACGACUACACUAUCGUAGGGGAGACGGCCGCGCGGAUUGCCCAAGAGCUGACACGGGACUGGCACCCACGGUUCAAGCCGCUGUUCGACGACAUGAAUGUUGGGCAGGCUGCGUUUUGGAAGAUCACUUGCUCGACGCCGACCGGGGUGCCGGAGUGGACUAACGAGCCGCUCGUGACGGUAGUUGGCGACGCCGUGCAUGGGAUGACCCCUGCAGGAGGGAUUGGCGCGAACACCGCGGUCAGAGAUUCGGCCUUGUUGGGCCGGCUCUUGCGUGAGGCGGGGGGAAACAGGCCUGGCUUGACGGCCGAGUAUGAGCAGCAGAUGAGAGUCUAUGCUAGCGAGGCGGUCAGGAGCAGUUACGGUAUGGCGACGAAGCAGUUCCAGGUCAACGUCGACGAGUUGUCCGAGGUGGUUUGA